AUGGCAAAGCUGUAUCGCGAGGCUGGACGCGUGGUUGACGAUGUGGUCUCAGGGCGCUGUGGGCUAAAAGCCGCGCUCUACGCACAAGACCUGGAAAAGCCACGGGCGGUGUGCAAGUUGGCUUCUGCAGCCCUCUCCAACCAGCGAGCUUUGAGCUCCGCCUUGCGCCAGGCGCGGCUGGAAGAGACGGGGAUCUUCCUGGUGAUGGCCUUUGAGCUGCUCGUGGGCUCCGGGAAGAUCCGGGGCGGGGGUCAGCUGCGACGGCGCAUGGAGAAGAAGCUGAAGAUCUUGAAGAAAGGCUUCAACGAUGCAGGUGGAGCUGAGCAGCCUUCAGCCUUUGCCCAGUUGCCACGCUAUGUACGCAUCAACUCCCUCCGCUGGAGCGAAGUAGGGGUGGAAGCUCAGCCCUUGCAGCACUUGUCGAAGGCCCUGAAGGAUGCGUACCAGAAGGAUCUGGCUGCUGGAAGGCAAGUGGCAGCAGAAACUGCGGAAGUGUCCAAGGAUGAGCUGGUUCCGGAGCUGCUGGUGUUGCAUCCUGCAGCGCGCUGCUGGCUGCAGCAGCUUCCUGAGGUGCAGGAUCGUUCUAGUUGUCUGUCGGCCCUGGCCGCCGGCUUAACGCAUGGUACCAUCGUCCUGGAUGCCUGCGCUGCGCCUGGUAGCAAAACCUCGCAUGCCAUAGAGCUGCUGGGAGGUUCCGGCAAGAUGUUCGCCUUCGAAAAGGACCCGCGCCGCGGCAAGGCGCUCCUGCAACGCCUGCGACUACUUUGUGGCUUUGAAGAGACGCGGAGACCACGGGGAGCCAAGGGGAAGAAAGCCAGUGUGAAGCGGGGCCGGUGCCUGGCCGUGGCUGGACAUCCAGGGGUUGAGGUGGAAGUUCGGAUCAAGGAUUUUUUGGAGGUCAAACCCUGGGAGCCCCCCUGGAAUCAGGUGGAGGUGCUGCUAGUGGAUCCCAGCUGCAGCGGCUCCGGUCUUCCGGAGCACCAGCUCCAGGCGGAAACGGACGCGGCGACUGCGACCGCUGCGGGCGCGCGCUUGAAGCGCCUGGCCGCGUUUCAGCGGCGGAUCCUGCAACAUGCCAUGAAGUUCCCAAAGGCUCGAACAGUGGUCUACUCCACCUGUUCCCUGCACCGCCUGGAGAAUGAAGACGUGGUGACAGCGGCGCUGAGCGCCAGCGGUGCCUUCCAGGUGACGAGCGCAGUGCCCUGGUGGCGCAAUGCGCCACGGAACGCGGAGGAGGGCGCCGGCGCCGAACCGCUCCCCAGCUGGGCUCAUCUCUGUCUCCGAUCGGAGCCAGGUUUCCAUCGCUGCCGCGGCUUCUUCCUCUGCCGUUUGGAUCGCGUAGACGGCGGGGCAACAGCCGAGGAGCAGCUGACGCAGCGGAAGAGGCGCAAACGCAAGCUGGCGGAACUGAAGAAGUCGCAGCGCGCGACAGAAGAUCGGUUCCAGGCCCCGGCUUCGAAGAAGCGCAAGGGAAAGGCUGCCAGCGGUCUGCGGAUCAGCGUCGCAGAGAAAACUCCCGGGCUUCAGAUCUGGGCAGACUGGUGA